GAAAAGUAUCGAGUAUGCACUUGUAUUAUUCGUAUCGUUUCAUCGCUAGUGUGGAUUUUGACGUUUAGCAAAUUUCUUCGUAAAAUCUGGAAGCUGGUGAGAUUCUAGCUAUAAAAAGGUUGUUUUUCUAUAUUUUCUGUUCGACGAAAUACAGUAGCACACAAAUAAAUAAUGGCGAGUAUUGCAACAAAGGGCUCCACUCUAGUGAACAAACUUUUGGUCCAGGCUAGACCACAGCUGGAAGUUUUCUUGAAGUAUGCUAAAGUAGAACUCACUCCACCAACUCCAGGUGAUAUUCCAGCCAUUCGUCAAGGUAUUGGUCGUCUCAUCAACGGAGCCCGUACCGGUGCGUACAAAAACCUGACUGUUAAAGAGGCAUGGUUAAACACCCUUGUUACCGCCGAGGUUAUCUUUUGGUUUUACAUUGGUGAAUGUAUUGGCAAACGCCACUUGGUGGGUUACAAAGUUUAGACCCUUGUUAAUAAAAUGUAAUAAAAUAUGGAGUACGAUGCUAAAAUAAUAAAAAAUACAUCAAGAAAAAUU